CAAAACUGAGAAAUCAAUUCCCUUAGUUCCUCCAUUGUUCGAACCACCACCAACAACAACAACCAUCUCAACCACACACCACCAUCACUACUACAACCGUCCAACAACCACCCUGACCACUGUCACCCCCAGCACCACCCGACCACCACCGUAUCUCCUUCGCUCUCUCUCUUCUCCUUCGCGACCCACCUCCCCUGCCUCCCCUAUUUCUUUUUUUUCCCUGCUCGAUGCACCACCCACGUAGCAACACCACUUCCCGGCCACCUCACUAACCCUUCUAGACCAACCUCCGCCUCUCAACCUCGGCGAGUUGCUGAUUCCGCCGCCAAGAACCGCCCAACCAUUCUCAAACUCCCCUGCUUUCCCUCCUUUGCUCGACCUCCCUCUACCCUUCCGUGCUGUUCCACCGCUGCGAACCAACCACCUUCACCAUCACCGUCAUGCUCCGACGCGGUCUCGCGCUGCUGCGACACCAGGGCCGCCGCCCAACCCCCCGCCCAGUCGCCCCCCCUUCCUCCCCUGUUCGCGCGCGCCUUGCCUCCCUCCUCACGCUCUCUCUCUGAAUCGCACAACCACCGCGCCACUGUGCUGGCGUUACCGCCGGCGCCGCUCAGGCCGCACAGACCCGCCGCCACCCUCCCUUCCCUUCCUUUCUUCCUUCUUCGUGCCUGCUGCUUGCCCCUCCCCUCUGCUCAACAUUUCUUAAAAUCAGAAAACCAAUUUCCUGACUUUGAAAUUCUUCCAUUUAACCCAAAACAAAAGGGGAUGGGCCCAAAUUCUAAUGGGCUUUGAAACCGGACUUGGAGCUCAGGAAGAACGAUCCAUCAGACGGGAAAUAUAAAACUACGGUUGAGGUACUGCGGGGAUCGAUGGAAACGAGUAGAGGCGAGGAAUUUCACUUUAAUAAUAUUCACCUAGUUUAUGCUUAAAGUUAUAAUAGUUUAAUUAAAGACUUUUAGUAAGUUAUGUACUUUUAUUUUGAGAAUAUAAAGGAUUAUUAUAUUAAAUUGGAGGUUUUUAUGGCUUAUGUAUGAUGUUGCCUUGUAAUUUCCAAGACGGAAUUACGGCAGGUAAUGUUCUGACCAAAUUAGGUUAAUUCCGCUGCUAAUUAUGCUUUAAUAAUUGAAUUAGGGGUCGGGGUGUUACAGAAAGAUAGUGCCUCCGUAGGAAACAAGCAAAGAAAGACAACAGAAGAAAAAUAACCCUAAAUGUAACUAAACUACGCUAAUAAUACACAAAAGAGUCUCUAAUGACCGCUAAAGAUGUGCAAAUUACAAACACAUCACCCCAAUACAUGCUUGUCAACUUGGCUAUAUAUAGUCGGCUAGAACGGACCCGUUUUAGAUCCGAAGAUCCCUUGAAGGUGCAUUGGAGAAGCUUAACCAACAAAAACUUCUUGUUUGGGUGUGGCUAUUAGUUGGAAUUACGAGCUGCCCCACUAUGAAGCUAACAAGAUGGCCUUUUCACUCCUUUCUCAUGCACAAGUUCAUCUACACCACACCUUCUUCCCUUUCCUCUUCUCCUUCUUCCAGCUCCCCCGUCUUCUCACUCACUCAAACAGCCAAACUAACCAAUCAUAGAAGAGAGAGAUGGCCAUGGCUGCUCUCUCUCUCCUCCCUUCACAAUUUCUCUCUCCUAUCCCUCAAUACCACCAUAACUUAAUUCCAUCCAUCAAAAACCUUUCAAUCACUUAUACCCCGCCAAAAUUCUCACUUACCCACCUCAAAAAACGCCGUCUUUCAUCCACCCAGAUAUUCUCCGGCGGUGGUAAUGGAGGAGGAGUUCACGGAGGAGGUGGUAAUGGUGGUAGUGGAGGUGGUGGAGAUGGUGGUGAGGGAGAUGCAGGGGAGAGAAACAGAGCAGAUGCAAUUCUUGCGCUUGCAGAGGUGGGAAGGUCAUUGGAUAGCUUGCCUAAAGAUUUAUCCAUGGCGGCAGAUGCGGGUCGGAUACCAGGUUCGAUUCUUCGGCGUUACUUUGAGCUUGAGAAGUCGCCGGUUUUCCGGUGGUUGCUUCAGUUUGGCGGGUUUAAAGAACGGUUGCUUGCUGACGAUCUCUUCUUGACUAAAGUUGGAAUUGAAUGUGGUAUUGGAAUGUUCACUAAGACAGCUGCAGAGUUGGAGAAACGUAAGGACAAUUUUAAAAAGGAGUUGGACUUUGUGACAGCUGAUGUGAUAAUGGCUCUGGUUGCAGAUUUCUUGCUUGUAUGGCUUCCUGCACCCACUGUAUCCUUGCGACCAGCUCUCACACUCACUGUAGGACCUGUGGCUAGGUUUUUCUACGGUUGCCCCGACAAUGCAUUUCAGAUUGCUGUUGCAGGAACUACAUAUUCAAUUCUACAGAGAGCUGGUGCUCUAGCGCGUAAUGGUGCAAAACUGUUUGCUGUUGGAGCUACCUCAUCUGUGAUUGGUACAGGAGUGACAAAUACGUUGAUCAAUUUAAGGAAGGUUGUUGAUAAAUCCGCCUCAGAUGAAGCAGAAGAUAUUCCAAUGUUGGCAACCAGCAUUGCAUAUGGUGUAUAUUUAUCAGUUUCUGCCAAUCUUAGGUAUCAAGUAAUAGCAGGAGUCAUUGAACAACGGAUUCUGGAUCCAUUGCUUCAUGACCGCAAGCUUUUAUUGAGUGCGGUCUGCUUUGCAGUACGGACAGGGAACACAUUUUUGGGUUCAUUGAUGUGGGUGGAUUUUGCUCGAUUAAUUGGAGUUCAAAGGACACGAGACUAACAUCUUAGCCAUGGAUCAUAUAUUUUGCUAUUGAUCCCAGCCACACCGCUUUUUGCUGAUUGUUUGAAUUGGUGAAUACUUGUUAUUUCUUCCUCUUUCCGGUGAAAUGUAGAAUGCAUUAGGUCAUACACUCAUACUAGCAUUACUUAUUCGCGUCCUACUAUUGAGAUGGAAGUCAUGCAAGCCAUGAUUGUAGUAUUCGUGUAUUCAUAUAUUUUGUUGCAGAAUUCCAAGUUUUGUAAUUUUGAUAUUAUAAUUGGAAGGAAGCUUUGUAAUGUUCUGUAAUGCCCUUUCAUGGCUUCACGGAAUGCAAUGAUAAUAAGAGUCAACAAGUUUAGCCA